AUGUCGGCCAUCUACAACCUCGAGCCGCAGCCGACGGCAUCUGCGAUUAUCCACACAACACAGGGCGAGAUUGCCGUUGAGCUCUUCGCGAAGCAAACGCCACUGACAUGCCGAAACUUCCUGCAGCUUGCACUCGACGGUUACUACGAUAACACUAUUUUCCACCGCCUGGUCCCUGGUUUUAUCGUCCAGGGUGGUGAUCCCAGCGGCACCGGUCAUGGAGGAGAGUCGAUUUACGAUAAUGGCGCGCUCAGCGGCGAUCUCGACCCAUGGCCGAUGGACCAGAGACAUGGAAAGAACGCGGGACCUUAUGGCGCCAACUUCAAGGACGAGUUCCACUCGCGCCUCAAGUUCAACCGUAGAGGUCUCCUGGGUAUGGCGAACGAAGGAACACCCGACACCAAUAGCAGUCAGUUCUUCUUCACGCUUGGCAAGGCGGACGAGCUGACGGGGAAGAAUACCAUGUUCGGUCGAGUGGCCGGCGACACGAUUUACAACUUGGCAAAGAUUGGAGAGGCCGAGGUGGAAGAGGGCGGUGAGCGGCCCCUAUAUCCCAUCAAGAUCACGCAUAUCGAGAUCCUCAUCAAUCCCUUCGAUGACAUGAAGAAGAGGGAGAAGAAAACCAGACAACAGCAGAUUUCUAGGCCCACACCCGCCGAGAAGAAGGAGAAGCAGAAGAAGAGGAAAGGCGGCAAGCAGCUACUAAGUUUUGGAGAUGAGGUUGGUGAUGAGGACGGUGAAGAGCUUCCUCUCCCCAAGAAACCCAAGUUUGACACAAGGAUUGCGGUGGAUCUUGAUGAAGACGAUUCAAGCAAGCAAAGCGCCUCGACGAAGUCAUCCGCCAAGAAGGACGGCAAAGCAGCGGCAAAGGAUGCACCAAAACGGGAAGAAAAGCCGGAGCCAAAACCGGUAAAGGAAAGCAGGAGGAGUCCAAGCCCACCACCGGUUGCUCAGAAGAAAGAGCAGCCGUCCAAGAAGCAUUACAGCGAGCAUUCGAGCCCAGAACCAGAGCCCAAGAAGAAGUCUCUCCUGGAGAAGACGAACGAAGAGAUCGCGGCACUCAAAGCGUCAAUGAAGAGGACAAUUCAUUCAGAGCCAGUAAAGCAGGAGAGGAAGAAGUCGGCUCUGGAGCAACUGAUUCCGGAUACAGCCAUCCGCGGAAGAAAGCGCCGUCCAGGUGCCAGUACUAUACCUACGCGGGAAGAGCAAGCGGCUUUGGACCUGCUCAAGUCUUUCAAGGCCAAGAUUGAGACUGCUCCACCAGAGAGGAAUGCGGUCCAGCCCGCGGUGAAUUAUGAUGAAGAGAGGAAGGGAGAACAAGACGGUGAAGCAGACGAGGAAAAGGCCUGGGAUCAGGUGGAGGACAAUGAGGAUAGUGGUGAUGAAGGUUGGAUGUCUCACAAGUUGAGUUUUGCCGCUGACAAGCUCGGGAAAGACCUCAGCUACCGGAAGAAGGCGGAGGAAGAACUGGUGGUUAUUGAUCCUCUGGCGAAAGCCAGGACGCUCAAAGAGGAGAAGAAGGCCAGCCGAGAUGCUAAGACGGGAGCUUCUUCGAGAGCUUGGGAUCGGGGAAGACGGGACCGACACUGA